AUGGAGCGAGCGUUUACAGAGGGCAAAAGGCUGGAGAAGCUCGAAGAUCGUCGUUCAGCGUGGUCACGCUCCUGCCGAGCGAGCUCUCCGGAAGAGGAAGAGAGAGCGCCAGCUUUGCUGUGCUCAGUGACGUGCCCCUAGGCGAGACACGCAGACCAAGGACGCCUAAUGCUCCGUUAGUUGGCAGGAAGUUCAGACGCACGCCUGUCUCUUCAGCCGGCUCGAGCCGUCUUUGAGAACGAACUCCGCCUCCGGCUCAAUCUCCUCGUUCUGUACCGCCGCCGUGAAAUGA